GGGCUGCAGGUGGUGCUGCUGAGCCGGGAAGCCGCUCCGCCGGGAAAUCCCGGCUGGAGCGCGAGAGGGGGCCCUGGGAAACGCGUGCAUUUAUUCGUCGCAAGGGUGCAAGGCUUACCAGUUGAGAGGCAGAGGCGGCACUAGUCGGGCUUAGGUGGUCUACCCUCUCUGAAUAUAAUUUCGGAUUUAGGUUCAUCUUAAAUCCAAAGGGAAAACACUUUAUAAGGCUGAAAGCUGUGUAGUUGCAAGAGCCAGGGUUAUGAGCUAUCAAAGGCAAUUACAUUAAAAUAGAUUAUACUGUGUGAAUUGAACCAUUUAGAAGGUUAAAAGCUGGACAACUGGGUAAUUAGAGCUCGCUUGCUGCUAAAGGACGAUCAGCUGUACCGUAGCUCAUUUGUGUUCCCAGAGACUUGCUCUCCUCUCCCCUGAGCGGAGGCUGCUGCGGAAGAAGCAUCUGUGCCCGGACUUUUCUUGAUUGCGGAGAUGAUGGUGCUGGACAAGGAGGACGCUGACUAGUCCUUAUCAAGGAUGCUUCAGGGGAGCAAAUUGAUGUGAGGAAUAUCAGACAGUGUUAGUAGCCUGAAUCACCUGAUGCUACCUUUUGCACGGUGCCUGCCAGGGUGUGCAACUUAACUGAUCAGUCAUCAGUAGUUUCUAGGACAAAGGCGCUUGUGAGCUUGCAGCACUGACUCUCCAAAGAAUGCUCCUUCAUGAUGCUUAAUCAAAGAAAGCAGACAGUUUCAUGGUCUUGGCUCAAGUUUCUAUCAGAUCUACAGAACAAGUGUGCCGAUGCUAUCCGUACAACCCAAAGGGAAGCAGAAGGGCUGCGCCGGCUGCAACCGAAAGAUCAAGGACCGCUACCUGCUGAAGGCUCUGGAUAAGUAUUGGCAUGAAGACUGUCUAAAGUGUGCCUGCUGUGACUGUCGUCUUGGAGAGGUUGGAUCAACUCUUUACACAAAAGCAAAUCUCAUUCUCUGCCGCAGAGAUUACCUGAGGCUCUUUGGUACCACCGGGAAUUGUGCUGCCUGCAGUAAACUGAUUCCUGCCUUUGAGAUGGUGAUGAGGGCCAGAGAUAAUGUUUACCAUUUGGACUGCUUUGCCUGUCAGCUCUGCAACCAGCGAUUCUGCGUGGGAGACAAGUUUUUCCUGAAGAACAACAUGAUCUUGUGUCAGAUGGACUAUGAGGAAGGGCAGCUGAACGGGAGCUUCGAGUCCCAGGUUCAAUAACAGCCCCUGCUUCGCUGGAGCACUGUGGGAUGGGCGCUUGGCCGCACGAGCAGCGAGGGCGUCUGUCAGCUUGCCUGCAAUAUUUUUUUAAUUCUUGGUCCAGAGAGGACUAUAUACAUUGUAGUACUUUUCCCCCCCCAACACAAAGCAGUUACAAUUUUAGAUGUACAGUUGUGCCUGCUUAGCUGAGCACUGCAUUGCCUGUAUGUUUGUGAGUUUUUGGGGUCUGGGGGAGGGCUCUGUACAGUCUGUUUUCUGUAUAUAAACUGGAACAUUUAUUUUAUGAAAAAUGUAAUGCAAUUUUAUUACUGGUGUGAAUUAAAAAUUCUGAAUGUUUCCUGG